AUGUGGGAAGCACCGUACGUCCCCAACCUGGACUGCACACAGGUGGCUGUUCGAAUCCACUACGUUUCUCUCUUUUGCUCUUCACUGGUGGCGUUUUCCGGCGCAGCUGAACCAGCAGGCGGAGAGAAAAAACCAGACGGACUCAGCGGGAGGGAAACCGAGACCGUGUCACACCGAGACGAACGGCCGAGCUGGGAUAACAGCCACGAUGAAGGGAGACAGAGAGCGACAGACGCAAGCGUAUCGCACAGCGCAGAUUCGCGCGUCACUAGCGUAGUCAUCGGGGAAGCCUUCCAGUGGGGCGCGGGUGUCUCUGGACUGCAGAAAGGUGAAUUCCUUCUCCUUUUACCUUCUCAAGAAUGCGUCCUAUACUCCGACAGGAAAUCGAGUGUCGACCGCACUGUCACCAAAAUAGAUGACACGGCUUCAGACCGUCCGACUGUCGCAGUCGCCCCCUUCCCGAGCUGCGUGCCGCUUCCGGCUUCCCUGUUCAAGAGCAAGGAGGCUGCGUCUCUUGGGGUUCCGGGAUCUGCGGAUGUUCUGCGUCUUGCGUUUGCCUUUCCGCUGCAUCUGGAGGCUCUGAGUUGCAGCAGCCAGUAUCUCCGCCCAGAGGAAGACGAAACUGUGGCCAUAUGCUGCGCCUCUCUGCAUCAAGUGACGGCUUUGGUAGAGAACCUCCUCCCUCGCAAGGUCGUGGUCCAUGUGUUUGUGCGGGAGUCGGGAGAUAAUCUUUCCGCACAUGUGAGAGGUGCUGACGCUGGCUCGACUGCAUCUUUGUCUUCGUCUCUCUCUCUCUCUCUGAGUCUGUGUAAACUGCCGUCCGUCUCUCUUCAUCGGAAAAAUUUGCAUGUGCACCGCCUUGAUGCUGCGGCUUUCCCCGACAUCCUUCUUUCGGCGACAGCACACUUGGGCGUCAACGCACUUCUUCUGCUUCCCGGGUGCGAAUCUCCCACUCCGACGGAGGUUGCGCGCCACAGAAACGCAAGUGCUCCUUCCUCUGGACUCGAAAGAAGCCUCUUGUCCGCAGGGUUGGCUUGCCUAGCUGUCGGGGGGCGUAUCCUCACAGGCUGCGAUGUAUGUACAGUGGACGAAUUUGAGGUCGACUGCAUGCAGAGCAAGGCAGCAACUCUGUCAUUCCUCCCGUCACCCCUCUCUCCUGCAGUAACCUCUUAUCUCGGCAAAAAUCUUCGUAAGUCUCUUGGCUCGGCAGGAGGAACAGACGAGCCCGUUUCAUGUGUUUUCCCCGCGUGUGUGAGCCGGUGCCUGCACCAUUCUCUUGUGCAAGACACAGAGUAAGUGCUGACCGCUCUGUGUGAUCAUGGCGGUUGAGAUUCCAUGUGUCUUUGGAAAUUCUCGGGUGUGGUACAGCAGCGAGGACACUGAACGCAUUUGUAUGUAUGUGCCCAUACUUGAUCCGCAAACGUCCGUACGCGUGUCUGCACUAGUGGCUUCUACGCACCUCUACACGAGCUGGAUUCGUCGAAUACCAGUAUGUAGGCGUUUGCUUUAUAUGCAGUUUUGCAGACGUUUAGAGUAAAGGAGGCUGUCUUCACAUUUUCGGUGGUUUGUUGGAAAAAGUGCUUUUCAGGGGGUGUCUUCAAUUCUUAAGGGGUGCAGCGUGGCGUGUGUGCGUGGUUGUCUGGUUGUCUGAAGACGGCACAUUUGCACGCCCGGUUUUUAUGAACAGAGCGAUAUGCCCUUUUUCACGCUUAUUCUAUAAACAGACUUGGCAGCUGC